AUGACAAACCUGGAUCACUUACAACGCUGUUUGAAACGUUACGAAAUCGAACGAUACGAGGCCGGCCAGGCAGUGCGUCGAAUCGAGGAUCGAUUGAAAGAGCUUCGGGAUCGAACUUCCGACCUACUGUCCAGUUCUGUCAACACGCCGAACCGGGACAAUUUCAACAUGCCUUUCGAUACCGAAUGGAUUUCCAACUGGAAUGAUCAGACUAUGAAUGAGACGAAUCCGGUGACUCGACAAAUCCCGCAGCGGCAGGGAUUUGAUCGAUCAGUGAAAUUUCGACUAUUAUUUAGUACUGAGUACAAGAACCUACUUCACAUUGACCUCCUGAGCAAUCUUCAACGUCACCUGAUGGACGAAGGAUUUAUCUCGUGGAUAAAUCCGGAGCACUUCAGUGGAUUUACUCAUGGAGUCCUGGAUUCGCUGCUCGGAUACAUAGAAGAUAUCAGUCCGCAAAAAGUCUAA